UAUAUUUUACGCAAUGAACGUCGUGGUCAAGUGAUUUGUUUUCCUUUUUUCCUAGUUUAAAAUCUCCCGAUCAAUAAUGGGAGAAGUGAGAGAAGAAAAGAAAGAGGCGGCGUUCCCAGAAUUGAAAGGAGAUGACGAUAACGGUCCUUUGACAAUUGAAAGUAUGUGCAUGAAUUGUGAAGAAAACGGAGUAACUCGUCUUCUGUUGGUCARGAUUCCUUACUUCAAAGAAGUUAUUUUAUCAUCAUUUGAAUGUGAAAAUUGUGGCGAGAAAAACACUGAGAUACAGUCUGGAGCAACAGUUCAGCAAAAAGGAAAUCGAAUUUCAUUGAAAGUAACCUCAACAGAUGAUCUAAAUCGACAAGUUGUCAAGCAGGAAUCAGCUUCAUUUUCAAUACCAGAAAUUGAGUUUGAAGCUCCUGCAUUUACUCAGAAAGGAGAAAUCACUACAGUUGAAAGCUUGUUAAACAGAGUAGUGGAAGGACUUGAAAAGGACCAGCCAGUGAGAAAGUACAUGGAUCCAGAAUCUGCURCCAAAAUUGAUGCCUUCCUUGAGAAAUUGAAGAGGUGUCUUUCAGUUGAARAACCGUUUACUGUAGUCAUUGACGACAUUAGUGGAAACAGCUUUGUAGAAAACCCACAUGCACCUAAAAAUGAUCCCAAAAUGACUACAAAACUUUAUACAAGAACACCAGAACAGAGUGCGAAGCUUGGUUUUAGCUCUAGUCAAACCCCUGAUUUGUCUUAUAAUGAAGAAAAAGAAGAUCUUGCUGUAAAGGACGAGGUUAUGACAUUCCAGUCAAAUUGUUCAAGUUGCCAAGCACCAUCCGAAACUAGGAUGAAAAUGGUYGCAAUUCCUCACUUCAAAGAGGUCAUUAUCAUGUCAAUGAAUUGUGAAACAUGUGGAUACAAGUCCAAUGAAGUCAAGUCUGGAACUGGAAUUGAACCAAAAGGAAGAAAAAUAACCUUUAAAAUCACAGAUYCUGAGGACCUUAACAGAGAUAUUUUAAAGUCUGAAACAUGCAGCUUUAACAUUCCCGAGAUUGACUUCGAAGCAGAUGGUGCCACUCUCGGAGGAAAAUUCACCACAGUAGAAGGGUUAMUAACAAGCGUACAAGAUCAUCUCAGAAGUGUGAACCCAUUUGGUUUGGGUGAUGCAGAAGCUUCAAAUCCUGAUAAUCUCAAAACCUUUCUGGAAAAAGUUGAAAAAAUACGCACUGGCCAAACAAUGGGUGUUCAUAUUAUCCUUGACGAUCCUGCCGGGAACAGUUAUCUACAGAACUAUUACGCCCCUGACCCUGAUCCAGAACUGACUGUCGAAGAGUAUGAACGAACUGAAGAGCAAAAUGACGAUCUUGGGAUACUGCAUAUGAAAACACAGGACUACGAAGGCAAAGGGAGCUGAAAAAUGUAAAAUGAAGAAGUGAAAUAAAGUAAAGAAAUAGUAGA